UUGUAUUUUGUGGACGCACUUUAUAGCAGAAAUGGCGGCUCCCUGUUGGAGGUACGCAUGGAGACCUCUGUGGCGGUUCACGGUAGGAUCAGGGAGGACAGUAAAAUGUCCAGUGAGGAAUGUUUCCUCCAGUGCUCAGAAUGUGAAGACUGAAAGUCAGCCAUCACCCUGGGCUUUAUACAGCGCGGUGUGUUUACAGAGGCUGCCGGUCAUCUCACAGGAGAGGAGCCCAGUGGAGGAGAAGUUCAUGGAGCUCAUGUACCAGAUGGAGCUGGAGAGAAGUUUAAUCUCGGACCACGAGCUGAGGCUGCUGGAGGACGCCGAGCGCAUGAGCCGAAAACAGGAGGCCGAUUACGACUCCGAUGAUGAAGAGGGUUACGGGGGUCAGGAAAUCGUCACCGCACAGGAUUUGGAGGACGCAUGGGAACAAAAAUUCAAACAGUUCCAACCUGCACUGAGAACUAAUGCUUCUGACACCACAGACGUGAGCUCGGCCGAGCGCUGCCUGGGAGACGGCCUGGUGCUGCUGGUGAGACAGGAAGUUGGCUCUGAGAAGCUUUGGCUCAUGCCCCAACUCCCGUGGGAGGCUGGUGAGACGCUGAGACAGACUGCAGAACGGGCCCUCGAUGCCAGUCUGCCAGGUGCAGAUUUGAAGGCGACCUUUCUGGGCAACGCCCCAUGUGGCUUCUACAAAUACAGAUUUCCCAAAACGGUGCGGACGGAGAGCCGAAUAGGAGCAAAAGUCUUUUUCUUCAAAGCCAUCGUGUCCGGUGGUGCCCACCUGCCUCUACGGAAGGAUUCCUCCGUGUGGACGAGGAAGGACGAGCUGCAGGAUUAUCUCAAUCCCGAAUACCUGAAACAGGUCAAGCGCUUCAUUCUGAGCGUGUAACAUGCCGAGGAAACAUCAUGCACACGUGGACACAGAGUCGAUGGCGGCGCCCCGUCCAUCCUGCAGAAAUCUGACGUCCCCGGUCCAUUUCUGGGGUUCGGCCGCGGUUUAAUCAGUUAUGACACCGUGACCAAGCAUGACACGGACGGCUAAUUAAAUCCCGAGCUUGAUUAGGUGACUAAAUGAAUCAGGUAUGAUGGGAAGAGCGUGAAGGUGGAAAUCUCGGCACAGAUUGAAUUCUGUUAAAGCGUGAAAGGUGCGGAUGAUAUCAGGUUGGCAUGACUAGUCACACCAUUCCGACAGCGUCUGACUUUGGGAAUUGUAAAUUACAAACGUUAAAAAUAAUAAACAGACUUUUAUUCACUG